AUGGCGGCGCGGACUCCGGCGGGCGCCGUGGUCCUCGCGCUCUGGGUUUGGGCGCUGGCUCCGGCGGGGGCCCUGGACGCCAUGGGCCCUCACGCGGCGGUCCGUCUGGCCGAGCUGCUGACCCCGGAGGAGUGCGGCCAUUUCCGGUCGCUCCUGGAGGCGCCCGAGCCGGACAUGGAGGCCGAGCUGUCCCGGCUUUCUGAGGACCGGCUGGCGCGGCCCGAGCCGCUCAACACCACGUCGGGGUCUCCGAGCCGGCGGCGGCGGCGAGAGGCGGCCGAGGACCGGGCGGGCAGGGCGGCAGGGCCCGGGGAGGUCUCCGACGGCUGCCGGGAGGCGCUGGCAGCCUGGCUGGCCCCCCGGGCCCCGUCUCUGUCCUGGGACCGCCUGGCUCGGGCCCUGCGGCGCAGCGGCCGCCCCGACGUGGCCAGGGAGCUGGGCAAGAACCUCCACCAGCAGGCGACGCUGCAGCUGCGCAAAUUCGGGCAGCGCUUCCUGCCGCCGCCCGGCGCCGCCGCCCGGCCGCCCGAUCCCUCGGCCUCGCGCCCCCGGCGCGCCGCGUUCCCAGCGCUGGACUGGGACGCGCUGGAGCUGAUCGUGGAGCGCCUGCCUCAGCCCCGGUACGAGCGGAGCCCCACGGCUUGGGCGGGGCCGCUGGCGCUCGGCCUCCUCACCGGCUUCUUGGGGGCGCUGAGCACCGGGGCGCUGCUCGUCCUGCUCACGCUGUGGAUCACGGGCGGCGACGGCGACCAGGCGUGGCCCGCCAGCCCCGGCCCGCCCGCCACGGUGCAGGGCUGGUGGGAAACAAAGCCGCUCCUUCCUAAGUAGCGACGCGCGCCCCCGGGGGCCUGGCUGCAGAUGGGCCAGAUCCUCCCUCACCUCCGUGCCCUUGCCCUCGGCUGUAAAAUGGGAGCAAAGUCCUGCGGGAGUGGUGCUUUGGACGGUUUAUAA